CGUGCGGAAGGCGGAAAUGAUGGCGGCGGAGCGGCGGGGCUGAGCGGUGCCGGUGGCGGAGCGGAGCGGGGCGGCCCCGGGCCCGACAUGGCGGGCGGCGGCGGGGCCCGGCUGGGGCUGGGGCUGUGCUGGCUGCUGGCCGCGCUGGCGGCGCUGGGCGCGCAGGCCAAGAAUUCCGAGGACGUCCGAUGUAAAUGCAUCUGCCCUCCCUACAAAGACCAUUCGGGCCAUAUCUACAACAAAAAUGUUUCGCAGAAAGACUGUGAUUGUCUUCAUGUGGUUGAGCCUAUGCCUGUCCCUGGACCUGAUGUAGAAGCAUAUUGCUUGCGUUGUGAAUGCAAAUAUGAAGAGAGGAGCUCUGUCACAAUUAAGGUUACAAUCAUCAUAUACCUGUCUAUUUUGGGCCUGCUUCUUCUGUACAUGGUGUACCUCACACUGGUGGAACCUAUCCUGAAGAGACGUCUCUUUGGACAUUCACAGCUCAUACAGAGUGAUGAAGACAUUGGGGAUCACCAACCUUUUGCAAAUGCCCAUGAUGUGCUGGCUCGUUCUCGGAGCCGUGCCAAUGUAUUGAACAAAGUGGAAUACGCCCAACAGCGCUGGAAGUUGCAGGUCCAAGAGCAACGCAAAUCUGUUUUUGACCGUCAUGUUGUGCUGAGUUAAUUGUCUCUCAGCAGUAACUCCAAGGAAGUACAGCAGACUAAUUGAAAGAACUGACUUAUGUCUUCCUGAUCCUACCACUUCAGAGGAGUUUUCAUAAAUGGUUGGUUACUGAUUUGAAAAAAUAAAAAUAGUGCUUAAACUUUGAGAGAAUGUUCUAGAGUGGAAGCAAUUAAAAAGAUUAGCUAAUCAGAAGCUAAAAACCUUUGCAUUUUCAAAUGGCUCUUGCUGAUAAAACUGAAGAGAAAACAAACCGUGAGGUAGCUUUGUUUGCCACUGUGGUACCUUAUUCACAGUUGUGACUUUAUGGUGAUUUUUAACUAUAUAUUUCUCUCUACUACUUACCUACUACGUGAUUAAAAAGUACCUGGGAACACACUAACUGCUUACAACUCACUAAUCACUUUAUGUAAAGACCUUUUGUAAAUAUACUUGGAUUUUUUCUGCUGACUAAUGCUAGGUACUAGAAAUCUAAAUCUUGCAGUGUAGUUUCCACAUCAGAGAAUGAACUCCUGAUUGGUUGUAUUCAUCAUUUGGUUUCUUGCACUCAUACUUUCAAGAUGCUUGUAUGUCGAGUGAUGCUUGCAGAUUUAAGGCAAAACUUAAAUGGACACUGACUCGUUGAGCUGCAUACUUGAAUUACUGUGAUGUAGAUAAACUCAAAUGCAGUGUACAUCAAGACAGUGUUGGCAUUUUGUUCUAUUUUGCUUUAAUAGUUUAAUAUAUUGUAUGUGUAUGAUAUCUCUUUAAAACAAUCUUCUCCCUUUCUUUUCAUGGGUAAAGUCUCAGGAGAUAUAUGAUGAAAUAUUUAUUAUAAAAAUCUUUAUGCGUUUGUCUGGAUUGAUGGUGUGAGGCACGUACUUUCUUGGGCACCUGUCAUCUUGGGAGUUAGGUGUAUUUUUUUAUCUGUGAUUCUGUACUCAUUUCUCUUAAGAGGUAUUCAGUUGCUAGAUGACUAACUUUCAUAUAUCCCCUUUGGAAUGUAACAAUUAAAAUGGAUUUUUGAAAAACA